AUGGUGCUACGAGAAGUUUCUAUUACUAUUCUAUUACUCCUUUCCCUCCUCACUCAAUGUUUUGCAUCCGUUUUGGGCUCUGAGCCGAUAGUUUCUUAUAUUGAUGGGAAUUCAAAAGAAAAUCUGUGCAAAACGAAAUUGGAGCGAAGGAUUUUUGGUUAUUCGGGCACGAUCUUCUCCCAUUCCGAAUACAGUUACACUCCCUACAAUGUCUCAAAGAAUUGCAUUGUUGUAUUGACCGUUCCAGUUGGAUAUCGGAUAAGAUUGAGAGUGGUCGACUUUGAGGUGCCGAUGGGAAUCGAUGAGAAGUGUAGUAGCGGGGACACGCUGCAUGUCUUUGAUCACGAAAACACAGUCGGUGAAUCGGUGAUUCGAUUGGGCGGUGAUGAUGUCAUCUCUCCUGGAGCAAUACUUGGUCAAUUCUGCGGGAAGCUGAAUUCGAGUCAAGUCCUUGCAGUCUCAACUCAAAACGCUCUCACAUUAUGGUGGCAUUCAGCUCAACCAAAUGAAUUGAAUCCAUUUGGACAUCACGGAGGAAAGGGAUUCAGACUUCAUUGGAACGCCUUCAGAGAAUCCAAAAACAUUGCCUGCAAUCUGCAACGAGAAUUUGGAUGUUCGAAAGUCGACGAGUGUAUCCCAUCAGAGUUAGCGUGCAAUAAACAAGCUGAUUGUCUUGAUGGAUCUGAUGUAAUCAUUCGGCAUCAAAUGGACUACAAAUGUGAAAAUCUCGAUUUCGAUCCCCUGACCACGAUUUCCGGCCUUCAUCUCCUGCUAGUUUCAUUGGCGACUGUGAUUUGCUUGGUUGCUUUCUGUAUCUGUGCAUGUUUCAUGUGUCGAUGUCUUCAAAAAUCAUCCGCUCCACAAACCAAGACACAAACCAAAAAUUGUGUCGAAGCACAAGGCUUGAGAACGAUGGCCGAUGGCUUCACUCCAUAUCCACCAAGCUUCUUGCCUCCAAGUCCUCCAAAAGUCCCACAACAACCAUAUGCGAAUUCAAGGCAAAAUGCUUAUUUGCCUGGAUUUCCGAAAGGACAAGACCCUCGGAGUUACGGCUUUCCAACUGAUCGACCGGCAUCAAGUGGAGAGUAUGCUUUCGUCAGAGAUACACGAAAUAUCAUU